AUGUCGCCGCCGAAGAUCCCCGGGGGGCCGCCCCCCUGCGGGCUGCGCCCCGCGCGUCCCCCCGGCCUCGGAGCCGGGACAGCGAGGGAAGCGACGGGGCGAGGCGGGGCCGGGGCCGGGGCCGGGAAGGGAAGCGGCUUCGGGGCGGCGGCGGCGGCGGCGGCGUUCGGCCGGGCGAUGCCUCCUCUCUCCCCGGCGGCGGCGGCGGCGGCGGGAGCCUCGGCGAUGGAGGGGGCGGGGAGCGGGGCGGGAGGACGAGGCGGGGGGAGGGGGACGGGGACCAGGCCCCGGCAAAUCACAGCCCCCGACAGCGGGGGAGGGGACACAGCGGCCACCGCGCGGUCACCCCGCGGCGUCCAGGAGGGAGCGCGUCCCAGCGGCUCCGGGCUCCGCGGCUCUUCGCUCCUUCCUGGAGCUGCGGAGGCGAGCCCGCCUGCUGGUCACAGCCGCCGCGUCGCCCGCCUCAUCCCCCCGCCGGCGGCGGCGGCGGGCCUCCCUCCCCAGCCCGGUGAGGGCGCGGAUGGGUACGCGGUCGCCUUACCCAGUGAAACCCGAGCGCCCCCCACCCCCACCAGCCGCUACUCAUCAGGCCCCCUCCUCCCGCCUCCUCCUAGAACAGGAGCCCGAGCUGGGCUGGAGCGCCUACUCCGGAGCCAGCUAGCCGGAGCUCCUCUUUUGUUCUUGGUCCGAAGCUAUCUCCCCAGCCAGCAGCCCAGCCCAGCCAAUCGUUCACUGGGUCGCCCUAACACCCCACUCCCCACUCGCCCGUUGCCAACCGGCCCAGAGGGGGCACACCUCCAAUCAACACCCGGCCCCUUCCACCAACACCCCUCUGGAGGACACCCCGUUUCUUCCAAGGAGGGCACCCCUUCUUCUCCUGCGCCAUCCUUAAUAUCAAAAUCGCAACACUGGGUCACACCCAUGUCCCAUCCAGCUGGUUUCGGCUGCUGA